AUGAGUUACCCGAGCCGCAGCGGAGAGCGAGGGGGCGAGAAACCGGGGCGCGGGGGUGGCUUGCGGCGGAGUGGGAGAAAUUCCAGUGAUUCAGAAGAAGACGACCGGAGUACCAGCAGCAUAGAAAAUCAGGCCAUCCCAAAUUCUCAUAGGGUGCCAGAUUCCAAAUCACAUCCACCACACAUCAAAAUAGAUAUCAUCAGGAAAGUGCAAGCCAAAAAUACACAGCGCUAUAAAGUGGAAUAUGAUUCGCAGAGUACGGAUACACUGAAUUUCUCUUCUGAAUCCAAACAAGAGACUGAAUAUGGUCCCUGUCGUAGAGAAAUGGAAGACACUUUAAACCACCUAAAGAUCCUGAAUGUCUUGAGUCCCAGGGGUUUUCAUAUUCCAAAUUGUGACAAGAAGGGGUUCUACAAGAAAAAGCAAUGUCGCCCAUCCAAAGGCCGAAAGAGAGGUUACUGCUGGUGCGUGGAUAAAUACGGACAACCACUUCCCGGCUAUGAUGGGAAGGGAAAAGGAGAUGUCCACUGCUAUAACUUGGAAAGCAAAUGAGGGCUG